UGAGAAUUCGCCACGAUUUGCAAGACUGCCCAUCCGCUAGCUGGAUAUGUCCCAAGGUUGUUGUCUUCCAGUUAUAAUAUAAGCCCCCUUCUCCACCAGGCCAGCUACCGCACCGCACCCAUUCCACGAUUUGCUAUGUCCAUCCGCAACCUUGGGAGAGAUCCACUCGGAAAGUGACUUCCUUGGCUGGGGGAGACAUGGAGGAGGUUCGAGUUACUUGUUCGCUGGGCGCCAUGGCCCCUCUCCUUGUGCAACUCCGUCGAUUGAUGGAAACCGAGCAGAGUUUGCCACAGGGCGUUCUUAAGGAUGAGCUCCAACAUCUCGUAGAAGAUCUUGAAAAAAUAAACACCUCCCUCCUGGAUCUUUCAGAGGAGGAUAACCCUUCCUUCAUGGAAAAGUGCUGGAUGAAGGAGGUGCGUGAGCUUUCUUAUGACAUGGAGGACUACUUGAACACGGUGUUGCACUCCAAUGCCGCCGGUGGUGUCCGCAAGAUUCCUUGGAUCCAGACUAAGAAGAACCGGCGGCGCCCUCUGAUUGUUGAAGACAUAUCACAGUUCAGGGCUCGUUUGCAGGGUCUGGGAGAAAGACACGAGACAUGCAAGCUUGCUGGAUUGAGGGCUCGUUUGCAGCAGGAUCCGAUAGAAAGACGCAAAAGAUGUCAGGAUGCUCUUACUGGUUUCCAAACUAUCGUCAACUCUAUGUUACAAACUCCACAUUCGGUCCUUGACGAUCCCAUGAACAAGCUCGUCGAUUUGCUGGCUUUCGACAGGGAGCCAAAGCUCAAGGUGGUACCUAUCUUUGGAUUUGCAGGUGUUGGGAAGACAACACUUGCCAGAAGAUUGUAUCGUCACUAUGGGGGGAGGUUCCACUGCCGGGGUUUUCUACGGGUGUCUCGAAACCCAGAUACCAGGAGGCUUCUCAUGAGCAUGCUCUCACAAAUUAAGGGGCCACGGUCCCAGGGCGCCUUUUCUGAUGUGCAAGCCCUCACCGACGACAUCAACACACAUCUAAAGAGCAAAACUUAUUUGAUUAUAGUUGAUGAUUUGUGGGAUACGUCAGUGUGGGAUAUCAUCAGCCAUGCUUUUCCGAAGGGCAAUUUUUGCAGCAGAAUAAUAACAACCACACAAAUUGAGGAUGUUGCUUUAGCUUGCUGCAGUUAUAACCCAGAGUGUAUAUAUGAGAUGAGACCUCUCAGUGAUGAUCAAUCACAACAAUUAUUCUCUGGUAAUUCGGAAGUGAUGAAAGAAGCUGUAAACCUUAUCUACAAUGAUCUUCCACCUCAUUUGAAGACAUGCCUGCUAUAUCUUUGUAUAUAUCCUGAGGACUACACGAUCAAGAAGGAUGAUUUGGUGAAGCAGUGGGUAGCUGAAGGUUUUGUCAUUGAAGUAGAAGGGCAAUACAUUGAGGAAGCUGCAGGGGGUUAUUUUGACGAGCUUGUGAUCAGCGGAAUGAUCCAACCUUUAGACACCAAUUAUAAUGAUGAGGUGUUGUCAUGUACAGUUCAUCACAUGGUACUGGAUUUUAUUGCAUGCAAAUCUAUGGAGGACAACUUCAUCUGUGUUGCAGAUUAUUUCGAAACAGUGACAGGACUUCCUGAUAAGGUUCGUCGACUUUCCAUGAAGUUUGGAGGUGCAAAAAGUGCACAGAUACCGGGAAGCUUCAGAAUGUCCCAAGUUCGGUCACUUUUAUUUUCUGGAUUCAUCAAAUGUGUGCCAUCCAUUGUGGAUUAUAGGCUUCUUCGAGUUCUGGUUCUUCAUAUUUGGACUGAUCAAGGCAAGGCGAGGUUAGACCUUGCUACAAUCGGAGAACUAUUUCAGCUAAGAUAUCUGAAUAUUGAAUGCAAUACGAAGAUCAAGCUUCCAGCCAAGAUUCGAGGGUUGCAACACUUAAGGACACUGAAAGUAGAUGCAAGAGUAACUGUUGUUCCAUCAGAUAUUGUCCAUUUGCAGUGUUUGUUGCACCUCCACCUUCCAAGCGAACUAUGCUUACUGGACCUCGGCAUGCUGACCAAUGUGCAGGAUCUUCAUCUGACCUGUUCUCCAGCACCGUCCAACCGUCUGGUUGGCAACAUGGAACGUCUUGCCUCAAUCCUGGGGAAAAUCAGCAACCUCAAAUCUCUAGUUUUUUAUGGAGCUUCUUCAAGCGAGAACAGCUCUUUUGAUGGCUUUAGCACCGUGUCCCCUGCUCCUACCCUUCUUGAGAGGCUUGAGCUGUCGCCGAGGAUUUGUAUAAAUUCGAGCCUCCCCAGGUGGAUCCAAGAACUGAGCAAGCUCCGCAUUUUAAAGAUUGCGCUACAAAACCUGUCGAGCAAUGAUGUUGAUACCCUCAAAGCAUUGCCUGCCCUUGCUGCUCUCUCACUGUAUGUGCGGACUGCCCCUGCAGAAAGGAUCAUCUUCAACAAGGAGGGAUUCUCAGUUCUCAAUUAUUUCAAGUUCGUUUGUACCGCACCAUGCGUGGGAUUUACGGAAGGAGCUAUGCUUACUGUCCAAAGGCUCAAGCUAGGUUUCAGUGCUAACACAAUGGAGCAAUAUAGCCCCGUAGAUGCUGGCUUCCAGCACUUGACAGGCCUUGAAGUGUUCUCUGCAAAAAUUAGAGGUGCUGGUGGUGACGAGUCUGGCAGAAAAGCUGUACAAUUUGCAUUGGAGGAAGCCUUUAACCAGCAUCCAAGUCCUCCUAUCAUCAACAUACAAUUGGUGGAUUGGAUUUUUGAUAGAGAUAAAGAAACGAGUACAGCCUCACAAAAGGAAAAACACCAGACUACAGAAGAACUCAAGGAAGUUGAGAGCAAGCCAGCAGUAGUGAUGGAGGAUGCUUUGGUAAGCGCAUCCACUGGGGCCAUGAAUUCUAUUAUAAUGAAGCUCACGACUCUAAUGGGGGAGCGGUACGCGAAGCUCAGAGACAUGCAGAAGGAGGCGGUGAUCCUAAAGGACGAAAUUGAUGAAAUGGAUACUCAUCUUGAGCAGCUGGCAGGUAUGGCUGAGCCGAGCAUAGAGUUGAAGGACUGCAGGAAUCAAAUGAGAGAGCUGACGUACGACAUUGAGGACUACAUUGAUGAUCUCAUGUUCUACUUUGACAAAUGCGCUCACCAGGCUACUAGUUGGUAUCCUGAGAAAUGGGCUACACUGCAAAAAUUCAUUGACCAGAUUCGAAACAUCACCGGACAAAUGGAGAAAGCAGGCCUAGGAAAUAUGGCGUGUAAGACUGAAAUGCGCGCCUUGGGAUCAAGCUACUACGUGGCAAGUGAGUCACUGUUGUCCACAGUCUCUGAUAAGGGAAUGGGCCUUGUGGGAGUUGAUGGCCAGCGAGACCAACUUGCAAGGCGGCUGAUCGAUGGCGAACGAGAGCUGCAAGUGGUAUGCAUAUUGGGGUCUGCAGGAGCAGGCAAGACCACACUUGCCAAAGAGGUGUAUAAUAUGAUCCAAGGGCGAUUUGAGCGCCAAGCAUUUGUAACUGUGUCCAAGAAGGUUAACAUAAAAAUGCUUCUCAGAGACAUAAUAUCAAAGCUUGGCUACUUAAGAUAUUACCACAAGAGGUACCUCUUCGUGUUCGAUGGUGUAUGGUCUGUUGAGAUGUGGGACGCCCUGAAACGUGUUCUGCCCGAUUAUGGUUGUGGAAGUAGGAUAAUCAUCACAACCUGCGUCAGUGAUGUAGCUGAAUCAUGUGUUAAACAUUCGUCCAAUUUUAUACAUCACAUGGGGCCUCUCGCUUUUGAGGAUUCGCUGAGCUUAUUUCGGAGUAUAGUAUUUGGGGCCGGAAGAAGUUGUCCUAUUGCACUGGAAGAUGUUGCAGAGAAAAUAGUGAAAGCAUGUGGUGGCAUACCCUUGGCAGUAAGUGUAAUAGCCGGCGUAUUGGCCAGUAAACCUGCAGAAAUGGCAGAGUGGGACAUGGUUGAGAAACGCAUGGAACUGGCAGGGGCGGAUCCUCUCAGUGUGGACGGGAUGAGGAAAAUAUUUGACAUCGGUUAUUCCGAUCUUUCCCGGGAUAUGAAGAGUUGCCUUUUGUAUCUGAGUGCUUUCACUGAGAACGAUGUGAUCAAGAAGGAUCGCCUUAUAAGUAGAUGGAUAGCUGAAGGAUUUCUCCCAAAAAGAAAAGAGGAAACUUGGUUGGAAACAGGAGAAAGCUACUUUCUAGAGCUUAUCGCCAGGAAACUGAUUGAACCAGUUAUGUGGGAAGAUAUGUUUAACUUGAUUGACUUGAUUGGAUCAGUUAUGUGGGAAGAUAUGCAGGAGAGGGAACAUUAUGAGAUGCCCAUGGGUUGUAAAGUCGGUGGUUUCGUUCAUGAUUUCAUCACAUCCCUGUCCAGUGAAGAGAAUUUUGUGACGUGGGAUAUUGAAGAUCCAGCAUGUAUGCAGCAUGAUGUGAUUCGCCGAAUCUCCAUCGCUGGGUACAAUAACCGAUAUGCAUUACAGAAUUUGUUUGAUGAGGAAAAAAAUAUCGAUCUACAGAAAGUCCGAUCGCUCACAGUUUUUGGGGGAGUUGGAGUACCUCAUCUUUCGGCCUUCAUACAUGUACGAGUGUUGGAUCUUAAAGAUUGUGAGGUUAUGGAGGACCACCAACUGGAAAGCAUUGGACAUUUGUCUCUGCUGAGAUACUUGGCACUUGGACGGACCGAUGUCCAAGAGCUGCCAAAAAACAUUAUGGAACUAGAGCACUUGUUGACCAUAGAUUUGAGGCGAACCUCGGUGAGGUAUUUACCAGUAUUUAGAACUGCCAAGCUGGUGUCUCUGCUUGCUCGUGAUUUGGAACUGUCGAGAGGAGUGGGAGAAAUGCAAGAAUUGGAGGAACUAUCUAAAGUCCAUGUGGGUGGUAAUUACUCACUGCAUGAUGCGGCAGAGCUUGUUAAUAAGUUGACGCGGCUGAGACUGCUUGGGGUAAGAUUUGAUGAUACGUUGCAUGCGACCGAAACCAACCGACAGGGAUUGAAGCAUUUCCUCGAGGAGGUGGGAAAAUCAAACCUGCAGUCCCUUACUUUUUCUCGUUACCCCUGUGAUCUGUUUGACUUGCUGCUGGAUUGUUGGGUCCGCAUAAGGCCGCGUCGCCUCCAAAAUUUUACGCUGAAAGUGGGUGGUGGAUAUGUCUCAGAAGUUCCACAGGAGAUGGCCUGCCUUAUUGCCCUUACGCGCUUGGAUAUCAAAGUUAAGACAGUAGAAGCAGAAGGUUUCCGUGCCCUCGGGAACUUGCCUAACUUAGUCUUGCUCGAUCUACAUUCAAAAGAAGGUACCAGAGGAAGGUGUACCGUCAGCAAGGAUGGCUUUCAGCGCCUCAAGGUGUUCGUGUUCGGGUGUUGGGAUGGUCGGAUGGGGCUGCAGUUUGAAGCAGGAGCCAUGCCGCAGCUCCGAACGCUUUUGUUUCGCAUGCUAGUACGUGAAACAAAAACUCGAUACGGUGAUUUCAAUUUUGGCAUCCAACACCUCUAUUGCCUGGCACGAGUCCAUGCCAGUAUCGAUUGUUCGCGUGCUACAGCUUUGGAUGUGGAAGCUGCCGAGGCCGCCAUCAGAGAACAAAUAUCUAAAAUCCCCAACCAUCCAGUAUUGGAACUGGAAAGAAGACAUAAACGCGAUAUGGUACAGAAUCAAGAGCAGAAAUCUCAAAAGUGACGCUCAAGUCAGCCACCGUAUGGUCUUCAUCCUCUGGACUGCGGGACUGUAUCUUCCAUCAGCUCAUAUCUCACACCGUUCCGAAAAUCUCUGCAGGAGACAUGCAGAGAACUUAUUUGUUAUCCGUUUUGCUUGAGUUUUCUAUUACAUUACGGUGCAUUUUUUUGCCGGAACGGCAUGAGCUCGGCCGGAAUCAAUUAAGAGAGGGAGCAGAGAGUAUUUACAUGAGUUUCAAGCACGGUCUAGCCCUCACAAAAAUAAAAAGGAGAAAAUAGUCGUUAAACGAAACUGUAAGCAGCUAAAACAGCAGAGCGCUUG